AUGACGAAACGUCAAGUCAUAUUUUCUAAGCGACGUAGUAGUUUACUAAAGAAAGCGGCAGAGAUUGCAAUUUGUUGUGAUGUGGACAUGUUGUUUGUCGCGUUCUCGCCUGCUGCUCGACUUGGUAAAUUCUGUAGCAAAAAGAGGAUUGAGAAUCUGGAGCUACAAAUCAAGAAGAGCACAUUGGAAUUGCAGAUUGUGGAUGCUAACAUAAGUUCAAGUAUCCAAGAGAGCAUAUAUCAAGAUCGGAUGGACAAAGGGAAGAGAGUAGCAAACAAUUUUAGAAAUUAUACAUAUACCCCUUCAUUUGCAAGUUCUUCACAGUCUAGAAAUAUACCAUUUUCUCAAAUUCAAGACCUGUCACCUUAUAUCCCAUUUCAGAGCCAACAACAAAACAUGGUGAUAGAUGUCCAGCAGAAUUCGACACAAACAUUUGUAAAAUCACAGGAGAAUACCAUGGGAAACAAUGAAUAUCAUGUUGAAAACACACUUGAGAAUGAUGCAUGGGAAUGGGAUGAUGUUUUCCUCAAUGAAGCUUUAAAUGGGGAAGAAUUCAGAAAUUUGGAUUGA